UGAAGACAACAGCUCCAAAACAGUACUGUGUUCGUCCAAACUCGGGUUUCAUUGAGGCUGGUGAAACAGUUGAAGUAUCUGUUAUGCUUCAGCCGUUCGAAGCCACCAAUACAGAAGCAUUUGAAAAGCACAAAUUUAUGGUGCAGAGCGCCUUCACGCCACCUGGAGACCAUACAAUAG